AUGAAGUUGUCCUUGCGACCAUUGACUGCAACACUAGCGCUGCUGCAGCUCGCACUGCCGGCUGCAACUGCUGUCACUCACGUUCGCAACACAACCAACAGCGGCAACAUCGACGCUGUCGAUGACGUCAAAGACGCCAAGUGGCACUGGGACAACGACCGGCUCCCCGGCGUCCACUCUGCGCUGCAGGCCGCCUUCUUCAACACGUUCAAGCCCGACGACGUGACCCAAACAUGCGCUGGCAGUGAUCGACCUGCCACAGCGCUCGCGACCCGUCCAGUGCGUGGCGCAAACCUCGGCGGGUGGCUCGUACUCGAGCCGUGGAUCACGCCGACGCUGUUCUACCAGUUCCUCGGCACGCCCGAGCGCUUUGGCGCGCAGGCGCCCGAGAAGACGGCCAUGGACAUGUACACGUUUUGCACGGCGCUCGGGAAAGAAGAAGCGAACCGCCAGCUGCGCAUUCACUACGACCAGUGGGUCACGGAGAAGGACAUUGCUGCGCUCGCGGAAGCCGGCAUCAACUCGCUGCGAGUGCCCGUGGGCGACUGGAUGUUCAACCCGUACGAGCCCUUCAUCGACUGCACAACUGGUGCCGUCGAAGCGCUCGACCGCGUGGCGGACCUCGCGCUCAAGUACAACAUGGACAUUCUGCUGGACAUCCACGGCCUCAUUGGCUCGCAGAACGGCUUUGACAACAGCGGCAAGUCCACGGCCGUCAAGUGGACGUCCAUUGCGAGCACGCAGCCCGUGGGCACAACGACGUUUGAGCACUGGCCGAUCCGUCAGGCCGAGUGGGUCGGUACGUUUGACCCUGCAACGAACACGUACAGCGACGUCAACUACGAGCACCUGACGCACUCGCUCGACACUGUCACGGCCAUUGUCGACCGGUACGCCGGCCACGCUGCGGUCCGCGGCCUCGAGCCCGUGAACGAGCCCUGGGAACACACACCUAUGGCGCUGCUCCAGCAGUACUACUGGAAGUCGUACCAGCGCGUGAAAGCGCGGGCUCCGCACUGGCAGGUUGUGCUCCACGACUCGUUCCGCUUUGGCGUGCAGUUCUGGGCGCACUUCCUGCGCGGGUGUCCCGACGUGGCCCUCGACACGCACGUGUACCAGGCGUGGCACUCGCCGGGCACAGCGGCCGACUACUUUGCCAACGCGUGCGAGCAGAAGCACUCGAUCGCUGCGAUGGAGACCGCCUCGAUGCCGGUCAUUGUCGGCGAGUGGUCCCUCGGCACGGACAACUGCGCCAUGUGGCUCAACGGCUUCAACGACAACCUGCCGGGCUUCCCGACCGUCCCGUGCCGCCUGACCGAGUGCCCCGUGCACAGCACGUACCUCGCCGAGGGGUUCCCCGGUACGCCGUUGGACCGCACGAAACCGCUUCAGGGCCCGUACGGCACCGGGGUGUCCGGUCCGGCGGUCGGCCUGUGCCCCGUCACGAGCAACACGUCGUUCGGCCAGCAGAGCGACCGCGACGAGCGCACGUUCACGCGCAGCCUCAACCUCAAGAAGCUCAACGCCUUUGCAGCCGGUCACGGCUGGUACUUUUGGAAUUUCAAGACCGAGUUGGGCUCGCGGUGGAGUUUCUUGGACCUCGUGCGCCGCGGCGCGUUCCCCGCAAACGUCUCGAGCUACGACAGCGAUGCCGAAGUCACGAACGCCUGUCGCGACGAAGAUGCGGGUGCGUUCACGUGUGGGGCCAAGCGCGGCGUACCUGUCAAUGACCUGCAGCGAGGACUCGACUAUGCGUGUGGUGAGGUGGACUGCGCGGGCCUUGGCAGCCGCUUUGAGACGAUUGAGGAGCGCUGUGACUGGGCGUUCAACGCGUACUGGCAAACCCAUCGCGAAGAGGGCAGUACGUGCGACUUUGGUGGGGCUGCCCACUUGCUCGCGCUGCCCAGUGCCUCGAGCGCAGCGCUUCAGCUGGUUGAGGUCUCGUGGUCGUUCAGCAGUGACGUGUCCACGUGGACACUCGUUGCGGGUGUUAUUGCAGGCGCUAGCGGAUUGACUGCUGCUCUUCUGGCGCUUGUGCGGCAGCGAAGACGAGGAGAGUACUCGCCGUUGCUCGGGCACGUGGUGCGUGGGAGUGUCUAA